CAUAUCCUCGGAAAAAUGAGCAGCAGUGUGGACAGUGGGGUGGAGGUCCAUGGUGGCAGCAGUAUUGCCACUACGGUAAUAAUAAGCCGUACAGACACCGAGUAUAGCUCAUCAGGAGAGGAGGGACCCCCAAAUGUUCCUCCUCCUCCUCUUCCCCCAGUAGCUCCACCUUCACCUCCACCACCACCUCCCCAGUACAUCGUCCUGCUCCUCGGGAAGAGCAUGAAGAAGAUUAUUUUGCAGAUGAUGAGGAGGAGGAGGAGGAGCAGCAAGAAUAGGA